CUGUACGCACAGUGGACGAUAUUAUUCGUGCAGCCAUUUCGUGGGCUAACAUGUCUGGAGUAAUCGUGUAUUUGAAGAUUUAAUUCGUUUUCUGUCGACUGAAGACGCACCAGAAACCUGAAUAGCUGACAAAGAAUAAAGAUGCAGCAACAAACUGUCAAUGAACAAAACCAAAUGGGAUCACAAGUUCCAGUACAGCAAAUGAUGCUGUGCCCAGUCAGAGUUGUAUACGAGACCCAGAUAUUGGUUCAAGCAGGUAAAUGCGAACAAAUCCAACCGAACCAAACUAUAUACAUAAAUCCUCAGAACCCACCACCUUGGAUGCAGAACAGGCCAUUCCAAAACCAAGUGGUCUACAUUCAGCAUGCGCCAAACAAUAUUGUUCCUUCUAUACAACAGCAUAUGGACCAAAGUCAAAUGUAUCUCCAACAAGCUUACAAUCAACCCAUCUUACAGCCAAUGAUACCCCAAAGUCAGGAAAUUAGACCUUAUCAAUUAGCAAAUAUGACUCAUUCUGUCCAAAACAACCAGAACACUAUUGCAAACAUUUCAAAUCAACCGAACGAUCGGAUUCAUCCAACAGUUUACACAAGUCAUCCAAACAUUAGCCAAAGUAUACCAACAUCUACACCAAUGCAGGCAAAUGCUGUUGGUAUUAAACAUAACUUUUUAAACGUUCAAGGAGUAGAUGCAAUGAAAAAUUUAACGAGUCCACAAAGAAACAUACUUCAUAUGAACGUUGGACAACCUAUGAACCAACAAACGAAUACUAUGCGGCAACCACAAAUGAUAACCGUAAAUCCAAUACAACCAACCAAUACAGAUCCAAAAACAUUUGAUCAAACACAGAAUGUAGUUCAUAAUCCGUCACUUCCAGCAUACAGUACUACUAACAUGCCAAUAGUGAACAAAGUAGAAAAAGCACCUCCUAUAUAUAGCCAAACAUAUCUGUAUAGACCCAUUCAACCAAGACCACAGUACAUAGCCAACAUACAAACCAUGUCAAACCCUCAAAAUCAAACAGCACUUCGUAUGGCAAAUAUUGGACAAAGUAUUGUACAAUCAAAUACAAAUAUUCGAAAUAAAACACAAGUGCAUCAAGCAGUAGAAGUAAAAACAAAUAUAAAUAAUAGAAAAAGAAAAAGCGAGUCUCCAGAUGAAAUAAAUAAGAAACUAAUAGCUAUGAAUGUAAAUAUGCCACAAAAUACAAUUGAUAACACGAAAAAAUUACAAGAAAUUGGUGUCAAUACAAUACCAGUGUUGAAACAUUGUGCAUUGAACGCAGAAACACCAAUUAAAAAGAUUGAAGAGUUAAGAAAUAAAAUAAUUGCACCCACAUCUGUUAUAAUCCAAAAAGCUGCUGAAAAGACCGAAGAUGUAAAGAUUAAAGUUGAAAAAGAUAAAUUGGGUGAUCAAGAUCCAUUAGUGAGACAUACAGUAUUCACACAAGCCAGAGGUUUAAACAUAAAAGAAGGAAUGGUCAAAGUAAACACAAAUGUAUUAAGAGAUACAAAAAAUAUUAUUAACGAGCAAGGCGCCGAAUUGAAAGUGGAUAAUAUUGUUAAGAUUGAAAACGCCAAGGAAAUUAAAGAGAAAGUUAAUACAAGAGAUACUGUUGAUAAUAAUGACGCGUCAAAGAAUAAUAUGAAGGAAUUGAACAAAUCAAUAAGUGAUUUGAAAAAUAAAGGCAUGGUUUUUGCUAGCAAUGCAAAAUCACAAGAUAAAGAUUACGUUUUGACUCAUGUACUGGAAGGUAUUGUUAUUCAGGAGUCCAACACGGCAUUUCCUAUACGGGAACCAAUAAAGAGGUUAUACGCUAACCCAAAAGUGAUAGAAAUAGGUAGAGAAGAAGUAAGAAUUGGAUGCGAGAAGAUAAACGCACCAUCGGCACAAAGAAAUGAAGAAGAGAAAUUAGAAGAAUCCACGAAGGGAGAUCCAUUUGCAAAAUUGAAACCAGCAAACGUAAAAUCGUGGACGGUGGAUAAACUAGUGUCCCAUUUGGCGAAAUACAAAUGGGACGAAACGAUUUCCGCGUUACAAGAACACGAAAUUGAUGGCGAGUCACUGUUUCUUGUAAACAGAUCGCAGCUCGUCAAAAUAGGAGUCCACGAGGAGCACGCCGACAUAAUUUGCAAUUAUGUUAAAAGUUGCUAAUAAAAAAAAAAACAUUUAAGGAAUAUUUGUAUAGUCCAACCUCCUUGUACAUAAAAACAAAGUUUCAAACCCUUUUGAACAUAUAGGGGAGGAGGAGGCCCCUAGGAGGUUUUGCUAGAAGUCGUGCUUAGUCCCCCUCAAAAGGGAUGGCACAUUCUACGCCGCAAUCACACGGCCGGCGAUUUUACGAAACACUAAUAGUAACCUACGUUUAGUUUUAUAAAUAAA